AUGGACUCCAGAAGAAGACAGGAAGCUCCUCGACUACGUUCGGAAGCAUGGUCAUGGAAACUGGCGUUCAGUGCCUGCCAAAGCGGAUGGUCAAUCAUAGCAGCUCACCUGCCCCAAAGAACAGACAAUGAGAUCAAGAACUAUUGGAAUACCAACAUCAAGAAAAGACUCAUCAGAAUGGGCUUAGAUCCCAUUACCCACAAAACAAUUAAGCAGAACACGUUUGAACCCUUUGGUGUUGGCCAUGACCAGUCCAAGGACACCACCAAUAUCAGCCACGUGGCUCAAUGGGAGGGUGCUCGACUUGAAGCUGAAGCCAGAGGAUCUCAGUUGCAAGUUAUUGGAUCCGGAUCUUCGCAACUCUCUGGGCUAAUUUUAAGCAAAAUUCCAACUGAACCUUAUCUUUCAUCACAUUCAGUGUCAACCGAAAACAACACAGCGUAUAACAUGUAUGCCCUCGUGCUUGCCACAAAUAAUGAUUUUCGGUCAUCUGUAUCCACUUUGAGCAUUCCAAUGCUUCCUGGUGUUUCUAAUACUCCACAUAUCAGGAAUAAGGAAAGUUCACUUUCAUAUAAGAGUGAUAAUAGUAUCAUGGGAGCUAGUGGCCAAAGUCAAAAGGAAAUAGAAGGUUGGGUAUCAAACUUACAAUAUGAUAUUGUGGUGGCUGUGGAAGCAUUCAGAACAGCAAGGUCUGAGAGUAUCGACGAGCUGUUUAAUGAAUACACUUCCAUUUAG